AUGGUACCCAGAUACAAUCUCGAAAGAGUGAAAACUGUGGUGUCAAGGAACACGGAAACCAAAUAUAAUUUGGGAAAUUUGCAGUUCCAUUCCAUCUCUCGUAUAGAGAGUUGCAAUAUUCUCAUUGCUUUACGGUUUAUACAGAGUAAAAGGUAUGACGAAGCAAUACAAAAAGCAUGCAAUGCAAGCAGAUCCAACAGCGCCGCGCAACGAGUAGAUGCAAAACCCUAA